CAAGUGGAAUAACACCUGUUCAUAAUUAGCCGGGACAGGUGUUUAUAUUAAUGUGUUUUGUUAAAAGUUUAUUUCACUUCUGGAGUUUGUAUGGGCUUGGUGUGGUUUUGUGGGCACAUUGAUAUAUGCAAUUUAUUUUUAUUUUCAGCAUGUAAGGUACACUCGUCUAAAAUGCUGACUGGUCGAAGGAAUACAAUUACAACAUUUAUUUAUUUUGUUUUGUGGGUGUGGUUUCUAUCUGUGUGCCUGGGACAUGAAUAUAAAUUAAACCCACAAUUGAGACAGUUGUGUCCACGGAUUUACUUGAGUGUUUUCACUAGUUUUGCUCCAAGAGGAAAUGAAACAGCAGGUUCUUACUCAAAGAAGGAUGAUAUACAUUCUUUGGAGGAUUGCAUUACAAGUUGCUGUGAAGAAGAAGGUUGCAAUGUUGUUUUCAUGCAUGAUUCAACUUGUUACCAAAUCAUGUGUAUUACUAGUGAACUUUGUGCACCACUGUUCCGUCCAGAGCCAAAAUUUGGCAACCACGUUAGCAUGAUACUUGUUCAACCUGUAUCUCCAUCUGAAACUUGGAAAGACAUCAUUGAAUCUACAUGGGCAAAUGACUACAAGAAUAAAAACUCAGCAAUGGAUCUUGCUGAAAUCCAUUAUAAUUGUGAAGUUGGUGUGGUUGUGGAUUGUCCUGUGAAUGAAGUAUGCGUGCAGAUUGUCAAACAUUCUCGCAAUGGGAUAUGCCAAUGUGUGGAGGAUUACCAACGAAAUUCCACUGGCAUAUGUACUCCUGUUGCUACAGGUAAAUUCAGGUCCAACAACACAAUGAAAACAUUCCAUGCUGAACUACCAGCUGUCACACCAGCUGUUCUCCACCCGACUAAGAUAUAUUCAGAAGGAGAACUGGGAGGUAGAACAGACCCAUUCAUUCAAGAAGCAACCACAAGCAGACCCAUCAAGCAACUUGUUGUAUCAGCCAUCUCAAAAGAAGUUCGUCUUCCAGAAAACGAGGUUACACUAUCAGCAUAUACUGUCCCUGCAGAACAACCAGGUGAACACUAUAAGUAUGAGUGGACUUUCCUUGCACAGCCUGAGGGUGUCAACAGUGGCAUCAUGAAUGAUCAGAAUGGAGAAACUCUGAAACUGAGCCAUCUCAUUGAAGGCCUGUACAUGUUUAAAGUUAGCGUCUCUGCACCAGGAGCAUAUGGUGAGACAUAUGCCAACGUAACUGUGCUGCCACCAAAGCAUAUCAACACACCCCCGGUUGCUGUGAUCUCCCCAUCAUCCCAAACAGUGAAGCUCCCAAACAGUGGAGCAGUUCUGGAUGGCUCCAGUAGUAGUGAUGAUGAUAAAAUUGUGAGCUGGCAUUGGGAACUACAGCAGGGGCCUCUAGGUUACCAGCCUCAUUUACAAGACACAUCCACACUUCAGCUUGACAAUCUGGUGGUACCUGGAAACUACACUUUCAAGUUGACUGUUGAAGACUCACACCAUGUAACUAACUCCACAACUGCCAACAUAACUGUUUUGAAAGUGACAGAUUAUCCUCCUGAAGCCAAUGCAGGGCAGGACAUCAUUAUGUACCUUCCACACAACAAGCUUACACUGAAUGGCAGUCUGAGCACAGAUGACAGAGGUAUCGCCAGCUGGGAAUGGACUAAAAGCCCAUCUGAUCAGGACAAAGCUGUAGACAUGCAGAACACCCGGACACCGUAUCUCCAACUAUCAAACUUAGAGGAAGGGAUGUACACGUUCGUCCUGAAGGUUACAGAUAACUCAGGGCAAUCUUCCUCAGCUGAGGUCCAUGUCUUUGUGAAGCCACCCACAAACAAGCCUCCAGUUGCUAAUGCUGGGAAGGACAUUACUGUUUCUUUGCCUCAGACAUGGGUGCUGUUGGAUGGAUCUCAGAGCAGUGAUGACAUUCAAAUAACUGCUUGGAAAUGGGAACAGCUCGGGGGUCCCAGUAAAGUGGUGUUUUCUGCUAGCAACAGUUCUCACACAAAUGUGACUGAGCUGACAAAAGGAGAGUAUGAAAUCCAACUGACUGUAACUGAUGAUAAUCACAACAAUGCCAGUGAUUCAGUUGUGAUCACUGUCACACAAAACAAGAAUGCCAAGCCCAUCGCACGUGCUGGAGAGGAUCAAACUGUCAUUCUCCCAGUUAGUGUUAUCAUAUUGAAUGGCUCUCUGUCAAGUGAUGACCUUGGCAUAGUUAAGUGGGAAUGGAUACGAGAGCCAAGUAGUCUUGCACUUGGGCGAGUCAUAGCCAACUCUGAUCACUUGCCUGUGCUGAUGCUCACAGAUGUAGUACCUGGCCGCUAUGUCUUCAGUCUACGUGUUACUGAUGAACAGGGUGAAACACAUGAAGACACAAUCUCUGUCAUUGUUAAAAAUGAUCCACAUUUGUUCCAUUUGGUUGAACUAACACUGAACAUUGAGGGCCACAUGUUGACAAAGGCCCAAGAAUCUUCGCUGGAGAUGAAGCUGUCAUUGCUGCUGCGUGAUGAAGCAGAAAUACAUGUGCGCGAACUGCGUACAGAAGAUCACACAGGCAGAGCAGUCAUUGUGUUCUAUGUGGAACAGAGAAAUGGCAAAGGUGUGUUGCCAGGCCCAGCUGUUGUAGCAAGACUGAAGGAGAAGCUGAUGCAAGACUCAGGGCUACUGGAGCUGUCUGUGGCCAACAUUCAGACCACUGUGUGCCAAAAUAACUGCUCAGGUCAUGGUGUCUGUGACCAGACCACUCGGCAGUGCCUCUGUGAGGCGUUCUGGAUGCAGAACCUCAUCACAAAACAUCUUGGAAGUGGUGACUCAAACUGCGACUGGAGCAUCCUGUAUGUGGUGAUAGUCCUGUUUGUCAGUAUUCUGCUAGUGGUUGGGUGUGGCUGGGGAGUGAUGUCUCUGUGCCACCGUGCCUGUGCACGUCGGCCACACAAACGUCAAUGCUACUCACUCCUGGAUGAAGGUGAGGAUGAUGCUAUGAUCCCCAGAGUAACACAUGGAAAAAUCAUGCAAUCAGAAUCUGAUUCAGACUCGGAUAUCUUAUUUGAAAGCUGGAAGUGCAGGCAGAAUGGAGAUGCACGGAAUGGACAUGGGAAAAUCCGCAAUGGCUUUGUAAAGCCAGGACGUCGGAUCAAAACCUGAAGCAUUUCAGUGAAAUAUAUAUAUAUUUAUAUAAUGAGCUAUUUGAAUGAGAUGGACAGAAGCAGCUUACCAGGAAGUCAGGAAUUUGGAUGCCUAUUAAACAAAACUGGAGAAAAUAUAGCCUGAAUGGUUAUAGUAGUUUUGUUGUUGGUGUUAUAUUGAUGUUUUCCUGAUUAUGAAGUUUGAUACAUUGAUUGUCUAUGUACCUUAUAUCAUGCAAGUAAAAAUUUGUUUUGCAGCUUCUUCAUAAGAGAAUGCCUAUAUUUUAAAAUUGAAAUAUUUACUGAUUGUGAUAACACAGAACAACAACAAAAUUGUGACUUGCAAGUAACAAUACAAUUUUUCUUUUCUUUUACUAUUUUGGAUGUGUUACCAGUAUAUUAACCCCAAAUUUAACAGUUGCACUAAUUUAUAUUCCAGAACAUGCUGCUUUAUCAGAAAAUAUAACAUUGUUGAGACAGAAGAUGACUCUCUAAUGGGUUGUAGCACCAUGUAGUCUGGUAGAAGUUUACCAACAUUUCAGAGGUCCUUGCUUCCUUAAUUAUCAGGGUGACGAGUAUACCACUUGAAAUACAGGAACCAGUCAAUCAAAGUUCUGCCUUGACUGCCUGAUUCUACGUGCAUGGCUUACUCAUUGCCCAGAUGAUGUUGCAGCAACAGUCUGAAACAUUGUUAAACUUCUACCAGACUAAACAGUGCUACAGUCCAGAAGACUGCACAUCACUUUGAGAACCUCAAAUCCUACAUUACUCAGAUAGUCUGUUUCAUUAACAUAAACCAAUAUCUUGACUUCCCCAUUCAUUUGAUUUCAGUCCAUUAGAUUUUUUUUUGAGGGUUAUGUAAGGGACAAAGUGUACUGGAAGGUGACAAUUCCACAACCAUUAAAUGAAAGAAUAUUGGAAUCUACACUUGCAGUUGGAACACACAUGGCAGCAAGUGAAUUAUAAGAAGCAUGUUUGCUUAUAUCAAAAUAAUACACAGUUUGUUUCAUUAUUCUAUCUUAUCAUAUUCAAUAAAUAUUUAAAUUGUAAAUACCAGAGUUAUUUUAUGAAAACCAUGUAUUGUUUACAAGGGUAUAUAUUUCAAUCAGGGGUUAUUUGUAGCAGAAGAGAUUUUGCAUGCUUAUUGAACACUUGCUUUACAGUUAUCAUUAAUUUAAUAAUCUCUUAAGUUUUAAAUGUAUGGCUAUUAUAUGAGCAGCAGUUUUAUUCUGAACACAAAAACGUUCAGUUGGAACAGUGAUGGCAAGUGAGUCAGUACUGCAGCUUAGACAGAAUGACAGGGGUGAAGAAAUGAUGUUUCUAGUUUUAAAGCAGUCUAGUACUAUCUGACUUUGCUGAACAGUAAGGCAGUGCAUUAAUACACUCAGUUACAUAUGCACCAUACAAAACAUGCUCAGACACUUUCUACAACAAACAGUGCAGCAGAUAAAUUGAAACUGGGAAAUGUAAUUAUUUCUCUGUGAACACUAUGACUUCUUGGACAGAAAACUACACUGUCACAACUCAAAAAUGACAUGAGUACCAUCCAAUUAACAGAAAAUGUGUGUUCCAUUCCUCAGCUGAUAAGUUUCCACCAUGUUAUCUGAUUCCUUCCAGUUAAAUUACAGUGUAUUGUACAAUAAAAAUGUCAUUGCCAAUAUCAACCUUUUUCAGACACACAUGAAAGCACUUAAGGGGAAACUAAUCACCAUUCCUUUGUGUAUGAAGUAUAUGUCUUUGAUUUACUUUCUGAAUGAAUAAUGUACGAUGUAGUCAGUAACUUACCCCAGAUCGAUCCAUGUAACAGGUUCUUCUCUGGGUAGUUCAGUUUUCUACUGAUACCAAAGCUGCACACCCAUCUGUUACCACUCUUAAUGUGUGCAUGAGGUCUGGCCAGCUGGCUCAUUAUUUGUGGAUUCACAUCUCAUCUGGCACUGUGGCUGGAAUCAAAGUAAGAAAGUUGAGUGCAGGAAGUUUCAGGAAAAUUAAUAAAUGGGAUAAAUUUAAAGAAGUCUUGAAAGCACUCUAUACAUGUAUGCUAUUUUUCAACAUAUACAUGAAUUACACACAACAUAAAACCACCAUGUAAGCAUCAGCCAAAUUUGGUUUGCACAGGCCUAACUUAGUCGCCCUGUCAGUUCAGUCAUUGUACUGAUAGGAAAGUUAAUCAUAGGUACAAAUGAAAUUUCUUAUUAAGAACACCAGUGACUACUACUCUUUUCUUUGUUAAUUAAAAUUAUUUUUGUCACUUCCUCAACAGAAGUAAUGUUAGAGUCACCUGGCAUGCUACAUACAAAUAUUCCUGUCAGAAGCAGAGAUUUCCAUCUAAGAAUGUGAGAAGCCACACCUCCAUUUGUGCAUAAUGACAGUUAUCUUUACUGCAUACAAACACAAAAUGAGGCAUUCUUGCUAAGUAAAAAUCAGAAUGGAAAGGUUUAAGUAAAGAAAUUCAUCCAGUCUGAGAAUGGGCACAAGUUGAGGUAUUUGUCAUCACACUGGUCCUGUAUCAUGCACAUAGAAAGUCAUGUUGUAGAAUGUGGUUCAGCCUGGCAGAGCAGUCAUAUGGCCAACUGUCGACUUUCAGCUUUGUGCGUGAACACAUAUAUAUAUAUUUAAAAGUAUGGUAAAUUGUACAUAAAUUUGAUAGUUAUAUUUGUUAAAUUCUAAGCUUGAGAUGGAUGCAUUCCACUGUCUUCUGAUUGGUUAAAACAGGGUUCCACUCGAACAAAGAAUUAUUUUCCAUUGUUAAGUACUGUGUACAAAGGAAAAGUAUCUAGUCAUGCAUAAAGUUCUAUAACAAAGUUACUAUUUUUAAGUAUUUUAGUGUUAAGUUAUGGCAUAUUUAAGUACAAGUUAUUUGAAUUAAAAAGACCUGGCUCAUUUGUAUUUAUGUAACAGAAUUAGAAGGUACAUAGAAGAUACUGAAAGUACAGUACCUAUCCUCACAAUCUGUCAUAAAAUAAACACAGCAGUUAAUAUGACUUCAUAUAACCUAGCCACAUUGUAUUCUAUCACUACCAUGUUGUAAAGUGAGUUAUGGUUUCUAAAAAUUAGAUUAUUAAUAGACCACACAUAACAGUCCACUGACCUACCUGCAUAAAUUGGCAAUAUUCUAACAAGGGAAUUUAUAAUUGAAAUUUCAUAUAUACCUUCAACCAAAUUGUAAAAUAUUGCCUUGGCAAUCUGACACAUUCUUCUUUGAUAACAGUAAAGGAAUUAAAUCUUAUUAAAAUACAUUGGCUUUUGUGCAUAUUUUUUCAUUUACAGGAUGAAGGGGAUUGAAAAUUCCCUCUGAGACAAUAUGUGAAUUUUUCUUUUAGUACAUAAAGCAGACAGGAGGCAACUUUUUGACAACAUUGAACAUGUUUUUGUUGGGAAAAGAAAAAAAUAUUUAGAACUAAACCAGUGAAGAUUUUGGAAGAUUUCUAACAUUUAUUUUAUGAGUUACCAAUAUGUAAACUUCAUUCACAAACUUGUCUCUUAGUUUGCACCAGUUUCUCAGCAAACAGGAUAGCAACAGCUCUAUGGAUGGCAUAGACAAACCACUAAAAGACAAAGCAGUCGUAACAUGCAAUUAAUUUGUCUAAAUUGGUAUGAGGAUAGAACAAGAGGUCUUGUGUUGUUUAAAUUCCUCAUAAGAAAUAGUAUUUCUGAAGCAGCUUAUUUUAUUUACAGUUAACUAAUAGUAAAAUUGCAUAAAAUAUAUGUAUCGUACAUUCUAUUUGAUCAUUUAUAUGUAUCAAAACGUAAGGUGCCCUAAGUGACUUAACUAGAUGGCUUACCGAACCCGAAGAUUCAUCACUGACUUAACCAAAGCCCUCCACCGGACCCUGUCCUGGGCCAACAAAAUCCAGUCUCCUUCAACUCCUAUCUCCCAUAGAUCCCACCUGACAUUAUUGCCCUAAGUGACUACUGUGUUAAAUCUAUUUGUCAAAGUUUAGGGUAGUUCCCCAGUAUCAGAUUUCAUCAAAAUCUGUCGAGUAGUUUUAGAAAUGUCAACAGGCACUUUAGCGGGGGACCACUCAUACAAAAACAUAACAUAAUAUGAAUAAUGACUGAAUAUCAGUGAUAGUAUAAAUGAGGUCUGAUUGUGUAAGUCCAUCUUUUUGUUUCCAACAGCAGUCUGUUAGGAAACCUUACUUUCUGAUACCACUGGUAACUGUAUGUCUUACUGCUUAUGGAUUCCCAUUGGAAAAAAUUUAUAUUGUUUAAUCAUACUGAUAAUUCAACAUAUUAAGAUCAAUAUGUAGCUUGUUGUUUGCCAGAAAACCCAUCAUUUGUAGCUACGGGAUGGCUAAUUUUAUAGCAUACACAGUAUGUACUGAAGAAUGAGAAUCUGUGCUAUAACUAUUAUUGUUGCAUUAUAAAUGUUUUGCUACUGAAA